CACUAUUUCUACCGCCCUUCUCGCUUCUUCGCCUUUGUUUGUUCAUAAACGGAAAAGCCCGAGACGUUUCGAGAGAGAGGGACGGAGGUAGAACCCAUUCGAUCGAGAGAGCUGUUCUCACAAGUAUAGUUCGGGAACUGCCCUGCAGAUCAAAUCUCUGCGGCAUCUAAAGGAUCUCGUUGUUUGAAGCGUGGGAGGGAGUGAUUCGCUACCUUGGAGAAGAUGAGCGUGGUGGGAUUCGAUGUGGGGAACGAGAGCGGGAUUGUGGCGGUGGCGCGCCAGCGCGGGAUCGACGUGGUGCUCAACGAGGAGUCGAAGCGCGAGACCCCCGUCGUCGUGUGCUUCGGCGACAAGCAGCGGUUCAUCGGCGCCACUGGCGCCGCCUCCUCCACCAUGAACCCUAAGAACUCCAUCUCCCAGAUCAAGCGCCUUGUAGGGCGAAAAUUCUCCGAUCCCGAGCUCCAGCGCGACCUAGAAACUUUACCCUUCAAGGUGACCGAGGGCCCCGACGGGUUCCCGUUGGUCCACGUGUCGUACCUCGGCGAGCAGAGGGCCUUCACCCCGACCCAGAUUUUGGCCAUGGUGCUCUCCAACCUGAAGGGCAUCGCUGAGAAGAAUCUCGGCGCGCCGGUCGUCGAUUGCUGUAUCGGAAUUCCCGUUUACUUCACCGACCUCCAACGGAGGGCUGUGAUGGAUGCGGCCACCAUUGCAGGGUUGCAUCCCCUUCGGUUGUUUCAUGAGACCACCGCUACAGCGUUGGCCUAUGGCAUUUACAAAACCGACCUUCCGGAGAACGAUCAGUUGAAUGUGGCGUUCGUCGAUGUCGGGCAUGCGAGCAUGCAGGUCUGCAUUGCGGCCUUUAAGAAAGGUCAGCUUAAGAUCCUCUCUCAUGCAUAUGAUAGAUCACUUGGCGGGCGCGAUUUUGAUGAGGCCCUUUUUAAGCAUUUUGCGGCCAAGUUCAAAGAGCAGUACAAGAUCGACGUGUAUCAGAAUGCGCGUGCUUGUUUGCGGCUCCGCGUGGCAUGUGAGAAGCUGAAGAAGGUGCUGAGUGCGAAUCCUGAGGCACCGCUAAGUAUAGAGUGCUUGAUGGACGAGAAGGAUGUGAAGGGGUUUAUUAAGAGGGAGGAGUUUGAGAAGAUAAGUGCACCGAUAUUGGAGAGGGUGAAGGGGCCAUUGGAGAGGGCGAUUAAGGAAGCAGGGCUGAGUGUGCAGGAUGUUCAUUCGGUGGAGGUUGUGGGAUCUGGGUCACGUGUUCCGGCAAUUAUGAAGAUAUUGACGGAGUUCUUCGGAAAAGAGCCAAGGCGUACGAUGAACGCAAGUGAAAGUGUUGCCAGGGGAUGCGCUCUUCAGUGUGCCAUGCUUAGUCCUACAUUCAGAGUUCGGGAGUUCCAGGUCCUAGAUAGCUUUCCUUUCCCAAUUGCCUUAUCGUGGAAAGGAUCUGCCCCAGAUUCUCAGAGUGGAGCAACGGAGAACCAGCAGAGUACAGUUGUAUUCCCCAAAUGGAAUCCAAUUCCUAGUGUCAAAGCCCUUACAUUCUAUAGGUCUAGCACUUUUUCUGUUGAUGUCAUGUAUGCUGAUCUUGAGGGUCAUCCAUUAAAGAUCAGCACAUACACAAUUGGUCCAUUUCAAUCUAAGGGUGGAAAGGCUAAACUGAAAGUCAAAGUUCGUUUGAAUCUUCAUGGCAUUGUUUCUAUCGAGUCAGCAACUAUGCUGGAAGAGGAAGUUGAAGUUCCAGUAUCAGCUGUGAAUGACCAGCCAAAGGAAGCUACAAAAAUGGAUACUGAUGAUACACCUCAAGACUCUACUGCAGGGACUGACAUAAACAUGCAGGAAGAUAAGAGUAUUCCAGAUGAUAGUGCUAACGGGACAGAAAAUGGUGCAGCGGAUCCUGAAGAAAAGCCUGCGCGAAUGGAAACUGAUGCCAAGGUUGAGCUUCCAAAGAAGAAGGUAAGGAAAACAAAUGUGCCUAUAUCUGAAAUAGUUUAUGGUGGAAUGGCUGCUGAAGAUGUUCAAAAGGCCGUGGAAAAGGAAUUUGAAAUGGCCCUUCAAGAUCGAGUAAUGGAAGAGACCAAGGACAAGAAGAAUGCUGUGGAGGCUUAUGUUUAUGAUAUGCGAAAUAAGCUUUAUGACAAGUACAACGAUUUCGUGACAGCACCGGAGAAGGAACAGUUCAUAUCAAAGCUUCAGGAAGUUGAGGAUUGGCUCUAUGAAGAUGGAGAGGAUGAAACAAAGGGUGUUUAUGUUGCCAAGCUUGAGGAACUCAAAAAGCAAGGUGACCCUAUUGAAGAUCGCCAUAAAGAGUGGACAGAGAGGGGCCCGGCCAUAGACCAACUCGCUUAUUGUAUUAAUAGCUUCAGGGAGGCGGCCCUGUCUAAAGAUCCCAAAUUUGAGCACAUCGACAUAGAGGAGAAGCAGAAGGUCAUCAAUGAGUGCUCUGAGGCCGAAGCUUGGUUGAGAGAGAAGAACCAGCAGCAGGAUGCUCUGCCUAAGCACGCCACUCCAAUUCUUCGAUCUGCUGAUGUGAAGAGGAAAGCCGAAACACUUGACAGGUUUUGCAGGCCGAUAAUGACAAAGCCACGUCCCCCUCCGGCCAAGCCGCAGACGCCACCUCCAUCGGAUGCACCACCCGCAGCUCAACCUCAGGAAAGUAAGCAGCAGCCGCCUCAAGGAGACAGUGCGGCCAGCGAGACAGGCGGCCAAGCCCCGCCAGCUGGCGAGCCAAUGGAGACCGACAAACCCGAGGGAUCUACCACCAACAAUCCCUCCACAGCAUAGCGCAGCAAAAUCUCUCGCCGAAGUGUCUUUUUUUUUUCUUUCUUUUUAUUUCCCCUUUACAGUUUGCUAAAGUAAUUCUGUCUUAAUCUUCGCGCGAAAAAAUAGUCAAUUUAGUUAUCAAGGUCAAUUCUCUGCAUGGAGUGGAAGUUAAGAGAAAAAAAAGGAAUUUUACCUCCUGGGCUUGUAUGUUUUGAUUUGAACUUCUCACUCUUUCUUCAUCUUUUGAAAGAAAUUAUAGGAUAAAAAUGUAUGCAGUAGGGUGUGGAACAGCCUUAGUUUUGGUUGGGGCAAAGAUUAGGUGGAAACAACUUGGUUCGUUUUUAUGGUUCACUCUCCCGAUUGGGAGCUACUUGUGAAGGCUAUGUGAUGAACGGUCCAUUUUUAUUGUGAUCUUGGAAAGCUGAUGAAGUUGGCCUUGGUGGCAAAUUGUUCUGUGCGCUUUUGAUGCCUCUUUGGGCUGAUAAAAUUUGUUACUCAGGAUUUUGCUUGAUAAUUUAGAAAUUGUAUUGAACUGAGUUAAAGUUUGUUUUGAGUGCA